ACUAGCUUCAGGUCACAACGUCGUGUGUCAAGUCGCAUGGUUCACAGCACUGAAACACAAACACAAAGAAUGGAUUUUUGGUUCAACAUGUUGCUGCUGUGUGGACUUCUGUUAAUAUCGUCUCUUCAGACAACCAACGCAUUCAGAUUUCGACGGUCCGAAAGCAAAGAGAGCCCCAAGCUGGAAACAUAUAUCCGUAAUCUUCGAUUGCACUAUAACACAGAAGGCCCAGAAUGGAUCGGAAAACACGUUUUUGUGUCUCAUCUGGAACAGCUGAGUUCCAAGGCUUCCUGCACUUGUCAAGCACUGCUGCUCGAAAGAAUGCUGAAAAUCUAUGAAGACAUUUUCCAAGACAUGUUGCACAAAUCUAAAGAGACAGAAGUGAAAGCCAAUUUAACAUAUGUUAUGACUAAGGUACAUGAUCUGAAACACAGGUACAGUCAAGAGCAGAAAGUAUGGAGAGAGCUUCAGGACAUUCACUCAAUCAAGGUGAAAAAUGGAACAAUCCAAGGAGCAUUAAAUGAUUUUCUCAUGGUGUUUAAACAGGCCAAAACAGUAAAACCUGUCAAGCUGCAAUCAGAAGAUCCAAAAGCCCUGUCUCCCAUGUAGUAAACUAGUGCUUUGCUAUGUACUAGCCUAUUUAUUUAUAAAUUAAUGGGAAAUAUUUAUUUAUUUUUUGUUUUAUAAUGUACUGUACUACACCAUAACACAAAGGAACUUAACUUAAAAUCUAACUUAUUCUCAUCACAAGUAUGUUUGCAUCAAUUACAGUGUACUGAAACGGUGAAUGUUUUUAACCUGUGGAUUUGCUUGAAAUAUUUUGUGAGCUUAA